AUGGCUGCAGUACCGACGCGUAAUGACCGUCGAGUCAUCCUCCACCUGGAUUAUGACUGUUUCUAUGCCUCAGUAUUCGAGGUAGAGCAGCCAGCACUCAAGUCCCUGCCUCUAGCAGUCCAGCAGAAGCAAAUCGUGGUGACGUGCAACUACGAAGCGCGACGGCGUGGUCUGCACAAGCUCCAGCUCAUCAAGGAUGCGAAACGUAUCUGUCCCGAUGUGGUCAUCGUUCUAGGCGAGGACCUGACCAAGUUUCGCGAUGCAUCUAAAGAUCUGUACUCUUUUGUGCGCGGCUUCAUUUGGGGCGGACGCGUGGAGAGGCUGGGCUUUGAUGAGCUCUCCUUGGAUGUUACGGAGAUGAUUGAUUACAAUGUUCAGUUGUUAAAUUCAAAUGACUUGACGACUGCUUUCUUUCAUUUGGAUCGGAAGGACCCGACCGUUGGAUUUGUGUACGAUGCUUCUCGCUUCCUUGGGGCUACUUAUCCGCCUAUGCAAGAUGGCUCGGUGGUACUGCCUAAGAUAUCAUCGCUGGACAUGAGGCUGCUCCUGGGAUCCCAUCUUAUUGGGUAUCUACGAAGCCGAAUGGAGCUUGAGAAGGGCUUUACUGCUACAGGGGGUGUGUCGACAUCGAAGUUACUGGCCAAGUUGGUCGGCAGCGUACACAAACCCAACAACCAAACUACACUUCUCCCUCCUUACGAAUCCCCUGGCGAUUCCGUUUCCGAGGGCAGCAAUGUCACCCAAUUCAUGGAUGACCACGAGAUUCGAAAGAUUCCGGGUAUCGGAUCACGGCUCGCCCAGAAGUUAAGACUUAAAGUGACUGGUCAAACCACGGGGGAAGAAAAGCUCACCGUUCGAGAUGUUCGCCUAUUCCCUGGAAUGGGGCCGCCAGCUCUAGAAAAGACCCUCAGCGGACCCGGCGCACCAAAGGGAAUCGGGAUGAAGGUCUGGAGCAUCUUGCACGGAGUCGACAAUAUGGACGUGCUCGAAGCACGCGACCUACCUACCCAGAUCAGUAUCGAAGAUACCUACGGGCGCGGUCGGCUUGAUACGAUAGAAAAUGUCCGACGCGAGCUAGAAGUACUAGCGAGAAGUUUGAUCCGACGAAUGAGGACGGAUCUGCUCGACAGAACUGACAGCACUGCGCCUCAGCCUCGGUGGCUGGGCCACCCACGCACCCUGCGCCUGUCAACUCGCCCACGGAACCCUCCAGAGACGGACGGGGCACGGUCAUAUAAUUGGAAUCGCAUUUCCCGGUCGGCGCCACUGCCGAGCUUCGUCUUCCAUGUUGACGAGAACAUCGACGCAAUCGCCGAGCGACUGGUCCAUGAACAUGCGAUGACCAUGUUCCGCAAACUCCACCCCGAAAAGUCCGGAUGGGACCUGCAACUGAUGAAUAUUGCCGUCACUAAUCUAGUGGAGAGUGCUGGGGACCAGAAGCAAAGCAGUGGGCGAGACAUUGGGAAGAUGUUCCGUCAGCAAGAGGCUGUGCUGCGGGACUGGAGGGUACAUGAGCCAGAACCGGAGAAUGGAGAACAGGGUGACAAGGGUCCUGAUACCAAUGAAAGUCGAGGCCAAGACCCUUUGCGCGAAGAAAAAAUGCAGCAGCCUGGUGGUUGUGAUGUGGUUUCAGAUCGGGAGGACGGGGAAUGGCAGGAAGACGACGAGUCCGACGGGUUGUGGCGAGUGAGUCUGGCGAAUGUCGAAUGUUCGCUGUGUGGAGCCUCCAUCCCGCAUUUUGCUCUGUUGGCGCAUGAGACAUUCCAUGCGGCGGAGAACGAGGCCGGAUGA